AUGGCUAAUUCGGGGGAUACAGAUGCCAUUAAACUGUAUCACCUCGACAAGGCGUUGACUGGAGAUGCCGCUGGAAUUUUAGAUGCAAAGAUUCUGAGUAAAGGCAACUAUCAGCAAGCUUGGGAAAUUUUAUCCGAUCGUUACGAGAACAAACGGGUACUAGUAGAAACUCACAUUCGUGGCUUGUUAAAUUUGAAGAAGAUGACAUCGGAGUCCCACAAGGAAUUGCGAGAAAUCAUCACCGAAGCCAAUCGACACGUCGAAAGUUUGCGCUACCUUCAACAAGAAAUCACUGGAGUAUCGGAGCAUAUAAUAGUUUAUCUGCUUAUUUCUGCCUUGGACAAGGCAACUCGUAAGUCGUGGGAAGCCACUAAGAAGAAAGGAGAGCUGCCAAAUUACAAACAAGUCAACGAGUUUCUAAAAUCCAGAUGUCAGAUUCUGGAGAACUGUGAAGCGGUUUUCCAAACAGCACCUCCAAUUUUCAAAAGCAAGCUGGAACCAACGAAAGUUUUGUCACAGAAGAGCCACACCGUCUCGAAAAAUGAAAAGAUACGAGCCGCUGGAGUUUGCUUUAACUGCCUGCGGAAAGAACACCGUUCCAAAGAAUGUCCCUCCAACAAGAAAUGCCAUAAGUGUCAACGACGUCACCACACGUUGCUCCAUGAUGAUGGAGUACCCAAUUUGGAGAAACCGUCCAACGUUCCUCUUCCCGCGAAAGCAGUGGCAAGCACACCAUCGGUUCCAGCUGCUUCGAAUCAACCAUCCACAUCGAAGCAGAAGAUUCCUGCCAUCAUAGAGCCACCUGUGUCUACGACCUGUUCAUCCAACCUAGCCCAAGCGACCAAGAUUGUUCUGCUGCUUACCGCAGUGGUACAUUUAUUUGACCAGGAGAACCACCCUCAUCCAUGCCGUGUCUUAUUGGAUAGCGGAUCCCAAGUGAACUUUGUGACUGAAGAUAUGGUCAACCGUCUUGGUCUCCCAAAGAAACCCGCCAACGUUCCGAUUGUUGGUAUCAACGCACGGCGAUUCCACGCUCGGGAUAAAAUCACCUUGAAGUUCAAAUCCCGAGUGUCGAACUUCCAAACAAGUCUCGAGUGCCUGAUUACACCGAAAGUAACUGGUACAAUACCAGUGUCGAAGAUCAACACCACACACUGGAAUCUCCACGAAGGAGUGGUUUUGGCCGAUCCCGGCUUCAAUACGCCACAAAAAGUUGACCUGCUAAUUGGUGCUGAGCUGUUCUUCGAUAUCCUGAAACCGAGCCAAUUAAGCCUAGAUGAUAACCUGCCACAGCUGAGAGAUACUCAUCUUGGAUGGAUUGUAUCUGGUGUCAUCGUCGAGCCACAAAUGUCCAACAUUUCCGUCCAGCAUGCCAACCACACUUUCCUUGAAGAUAUCGAGCGAAUCGUCGAGCAGCAGUUCUGGGAAAUCGAGGAAGUGUCUGAUGUUCCGAAGUUGUCAACCGAAGAAAUGGCUUGCGAAGCGCACUUUCUAUCCACGUACCAACGUGAUGAGAGGGGUAGAUUUAUAGUGCGGUUACCAUUCAGCGAGAACGCUUCUAAAUUGGGUGACUGCCGUGCACUGGCCCUGGAGAGGUUCUUGAUCCAAGAAAAACGCUUGAUGAAUAAUCCAGAGCUACAGGCGCAGUACGUUGAGUUCAUUCAGGAGUACGAGGCUCUCGGCCAUUGUCGGGAGAUUUUUGAGGCCAAUGAUCUACCUAACCAGCAGAAGUGUUAUCUUCCUCAUCACGCGGUAUUACGUCCAUCCAGCUCGAGCACGAAGUGUCGGGUCGUUUUUAAUGCAAGUGCAAAGUCCUUAUCAGAGCAGCUGUCCUUAAACGAAGUUCUUCAAGUGGGUCCAGUAGUACAGAAUGAUAUGCAUUUCAUCAUUCUUCGCUUCAUAAAAUUUAAGAUUGCGUUUUCCGGGGACAUUGCCAAAAUGUACCGGCAAGUACUUCACGCGCCUCAAGACCGACGUUUUCUUCGUAUUUUCUGGAGAGCCCAUCCAUCACAACCACUGCGAGUUCUAGAACUUUGUACGGUGACCUACGGAACAGCAUCCCCUCCUUACCUCGCGACAAGGUGCUUGGUACAGCUCGUCGAAGAAGAUGGCAAAUCCUUUCCUAUCGCCGCUCACAUCGUGAAGGAAGAAACUUAUAUGGACGAUGUGCUUUCCGGUGCAGGCUCGAGAGAAGAGGCCAUCGAGGCUCAACGACAACUACAACAGCUUCUAGGAAGCGGCGGAUUCCUGAUACGCAAGUGGUGUUCAAAUUCUCCUGAAUUUCUCGAGCACAUUCCUGUAGAAGAUCAAGAAAAGAGGGUGCCGUUGGCUGAAUGUGGAGUUAACGAGGCUAUCAAGGUUCUCGGACUGCUAUGGGAUUCAACUGCCGAUACCUUGUACAUCGCAAAUGAUACGAAGCAGUCGCCGCAUCCCCAACACUAUAUCACUAAGAGGGUGAUGUACUCUGUAAUCGCAAAAUUCUUCGACCCUCUAGGAUUGAUCUCUCCAGUAAUUGUUAUGGCAAAACUCCUGGUUCAACGGCUGUGGCAACUUAAGAUCGGAUGGGACAAUCCGGUCGAUGAAGACACAGCGCGACAGUGGAAUGAACUGCAAGUCUCGAUGUCUUUGCUAGCACACAACGCCAUUCCAAGAUGCGUCACUUUUGAAGGAGCCAUUGCCUACGAGCUGCAUGGUUUUUCUGACGCCUCCACCGUGGCAUAUGGAGCUUGCAUCUACCUGCGUAGCCUGUUUGCCGAUGGUUCAGCCAAGCUGCGUCUACUUACCAGUAAGUCAAAGAUAGCUCCUUUGGAGGAACUUUCAAUCCCUCCCAAGGAGUUAUGUGCCGCGCGGCUAUUGACGCGAUUGUUAGUAAAAGUAAUACCUGCCUUGGACAUGGAACUCCGAGAGAUUGUGCUUUGGUGUGACAGCACAAUUGUCCUGGCUUGGAUCAAGAAGCCGCUCAACCAACUCCAGUUGUAUGUCUGGAAUCGAAUCGCCAUAAUCCAACAACACACUAGUGGAUACCGCUGGGAAUACGUUCGAUCCCAGCAGAACCCAGCCGACACCGUUUCUCGUGGACAACUACCAGAGGGUUUGAAAGACAACAACCUUUGGUGGAACGGCCCCGAGUUUCUCCAGCGAGUGGAAUACGAUACCGAUAUACCCGAAGAAAUUCUCGAACUUCUCAAAUUGAAAGAACCUGUCGUCAUUGCAGCUGUGUAUGUUGUACCAUUUCUGUUUUUCUCUAGGUACAGUAGCUUCCGUAAGAUCCAACGUUUUAUGAGCUACGUCCUGCGAUUCAUUGCCAACUGUCGAAUCAAGGUCCCGACCUCACGAGAGAAAAAUCCUCAUCAAACCAUCUCUGAACUGCGCUCGGCUACCGAAGCUAUCAUACGCGUGGUUCAACAAGUUCACCUGGCUUACGAAAUUCAUCGAGUCAUCAACAAUGAACCCUGCAAGAAGUUGGCAAAUUUGCGUCCUGUUUUCACCAACGGCUUACUUCGUCCGCCAUCCCAUCAUCUUACCGGACAAGGACUCAGUAGUACGCCUUCUAAUCUGGCAAAUGCACAUCGAACAGCUUUACGUCGGGCAGUCUGGAUUGAUGAACGCCAUGAGACAACGCUACUGGCUUUUGAACGCUCGAUCAUCAGUUCAGCAGAUUACUCGCAAGUGUAUCAGAUGUUUCGGAUUAACCCAACCAACACAACUCAACAGAUGGGGAACUUACCAGCAUCAAGGGUGGUAGCGUCAACCCCCUUCGCAAUCACCGGUGUGGACUAUGCUGGCCCGUUUUUGAUAAAACAAGGUGGACGCCGUCCGACCCUGGUCAAAGCUUACGUGUCUGUCUUCGUGUGCAGGACAACCAAAGCCGUGCAUUUAGAGGUGGUUUCCGACUUAAGCACGGAUGCUUUCUUGACAUCGUUGAAGCGUUUCAUCGGCCGGAGAGGAAUAGUCCACCAGCUUCACUCGGAUAACGCCACUAAUUUCCGAGGUGCUCAUCACGAAUUGAAUGAGUUGUUUCAACAAUUUCGAAGUCCGCAGUCUGUGGAUACCAUUAGAGAUUUUUGUUCGGUGCGUGAAAUUGAGUGGCAUUUCAUCCCGCCGGACGCACCAGAAUUCGGCGGACUUUGGGGAGCUGCAGUAAAAUCUGCAAAGACACACCUGAACCGCAUCAUCGGGAACGUAAGGCUGACGUUCGAAGAACUAACUACUGUUAUGGUUGAGAUCGUGGCUGAGAUGAACUCUCGAUCACUUUUCUCCGUCUCCAACGAUCCAGCAGAUCCAACGGUUAUCACACCUGCCCUCUAUUUAAUUGGACGCCCUUUUACUGCCAUUCCAGAACCAUCUCUGCAGGACGUCAAGGCAACCCGCUUACGCGAUGGCAGCAUCUACAACUGUUGCGGGAGCAUUUUUGGAGAGCGUGGAGUCGUGACUACCUAA